AGCCGCCGGAGCCGCCGGAGCCGCCGGAGCCGCCGGAGCCGCCGGAGCCGCCGGAGCCGCCGGAGCCGCCGGAGCCGCCGGAGCCGCCGGAGCCGCCGGAGCCGCCGGAGCCGCCGGAGCCGCCGGAGCCGCCGGAGCCGCCGGAGCCGCCGGAGCCGCCGGAGCCGCCGGAGCCGCCGGAGCCGCCGGAGCCGCCGGAGCCCUGCUGCUCCUCCCAGGGCCGCCAGCAUGUCCAACAUGGAGAAACACCUCUUUAAUUUGAAGUUUGCUGCUAAGGAGCUCAACAGAAACUCCAAAAAAUGUGACAAAGAAGAAAAGGCUGAGAAAGCUAAAAUUAAGAAGGCCAUUCAGAAGGGGAACAUGGAAGUGGCACGGAUCCACGCAGAGAACGCCAUCCACCAGAAGAACCAGGCCAUCAACUUCCUGUGCAUGAGCGCCCGCGUGGACGCCGCGGCACCCAGAGUCCAGACUGCUGUCACUAUGAGCAAGGUAACAAAGUCAAUGGCAGGGGUGGUGAAGUCAAUGGAUGCCACCUUGAAGAGUAUGAACUUGGAAAAGAUAUCUGCACUAAUGGACAAAUUUGAGCAUCAGUUUGAGACACUGGAUGUUCAGACACAACAGAUGGAAGAAAUGAGCAACACUAUGACAUUAACAAUGCCACAGAACCAAGUGGACAUGCUUCUGCAGGAAAUGGCAGACGAAGCAGGUCUUGAUCUGAACAUGGAACUACCUCAAAGACAGACAGGUUCUGUUGGUACAAGUGUGGCCUCAGCAGAACAGGAUGAGCUGUCACAGAGACUGGCCCAUCUACGUGAUCAAGUCUAACUGAACAGAGCUGCAGUUCUUUGGAGCUGCUUCCAAAUUCCCUGUCUGGAACUAACCCUGCACUACACUAGAGCUGUAAAACAGUCCAGCUUAGGUGUUUGAAUAUUUGUAGUAUAGGGUACUUCACUCCCAGCUUGCUACUCUUUGUAAAAUACAUUAAGUGACCCCAAAAUAUCAGCUCUAAUGUCCUUUUCUGUACAUUUGGAAGUUGAUCUAUUUUUCGCAAGCUGUUUUCACAAAUUCAAGUUGAUGUUCUAAGUCUGCUACUAAUGGUGGUACAUUCUAGUUCCGAGCAAAGCAGAGUGUCAGUGAGAUGUAUUUUAAAUAAUGAUUUUUUAAAAAAAAUUAUGAGAAUUGUUUAUGGUUGGAGAACUGAUGUAUCAGUUCAGAUGAUUGUUGUAGAUCAUUUUCCUACAGAGCCAAGCUCCUGGAACACACAGGGAUGGACAGUGUGGCCCUCCUGGAAAAUGCACUUGUUGAAACAAAUAAGUGGACUUUGACGUUUUUAGUCUUUAAAAGUUAGGAUAAAUGUGCUAAAAUUAGCAGUUUAGUUCAAAAAUGAGUUACCAAAACUGAUUUCAUAUAACUGGGGACUUGUAUGGUGGCAUCACUUUAGCAUAGGAGGAAUAAAAUAUAGUUUUGGACUCUUUGCCAGGUCUAUUGCUCUCUGCAGAUAAAAUCCCAUUGUUUGUAAUAUUCUGGUUGUUGGAGUAGCUAAUUUUAGCAAUCCUUUUAUAGGAUAGUAAGAGAGUCUGGCUGCUCUCAGUAGCUUCAAACUCUUGUUGCAGUUGUAAAGUAAGAAAUGGUUGUAGAAAUUUGUAGCUGAGACCCCUUGUGAAGUGUUGUGAUAAAGUGUCAUUCAAAUUCUCUUCCUCAUUUUUAUGUUUUGUCUUUGUUGGGGUGAGGGAAAGUAUGGAGCACCAGGCUUGGAAUUGGUUCUUAAUUGCCUGGUGCUCAGGGCCACGUGGGUUUUCCAAUGUUAGGGAAUUGUUUAAGGAAAAGAAAAAAACCUCACUUUUUUAUUCAAGCAGGAUUAUUUCAAUGAAAAUGUGCAAAAAUGAUGAAACUUAUUAGAGCAGUUUCAGACAUUGUUUUGAAUGUGUUACCCAUCUCACUCCAUGGGUUGAGCAGGAUGUUAUGUACUGAAAUAAUCAAGGUUACUGUAAAAAUAAAUUCAGGAAAAUAAGAUAGACAAAACAACCUGAAAUGUUGUGGGAUUCUCUCUCACGCUGGCAGCUGAACUAAAACUGUGAGUUUAAAAUGGGGUCUUUUCACUUGUUAGAAAGAAACUGGAGUUAAAAAUAAAUGUGAACACCUUGAAUGUUCUUCCUGUGAACAGGAAAAGUUGGAAGGUGUUUAAAAACCACGUACUGACAACUGUAGUCUGGCUACAAUCCCUUCAAAUUAUUAAUAAAAUCCUAGAAAGGGACUUUUUCUUGCAUUUUCUUCCCUGGCUGCUUCUGAACAUUGCAACCAAGAUCAUAGUGUAUCUAUGCAACCCAGUUGUAGCAGGAUGGCUUAUAUCAUAAGGUAGAGCUAUCCCAAACUGGGCCUCAGACCAGGCCUCAGACCUGGGCCUAGUAGGCCUUGUACGUCCAACAUACGUAGUACCAGAUAAGGUUAUCUGGUAUUGGGAAUGUGUUAAGGUAUGGACAUUUACAGAAUAGAAGUAAUUGCACUGAAACUCUGUAGCUGCCUUAACUCUAGAUUGUUUGCAUAUUUCUCUACUCUCACUGCCUCUCAGAAUGCACCUGUUCUUGUAAACCAUUCUGUCUGUAUUUAACCCGCCAUCUCAAGGAAUAAAGCGGAGAACCUGCGAUAUACCCACAUUGGGUCGGACCCUCGUUUCUCUAGUCCCCGAUCUUAUCUGAUCCCAGCUUUCAUCUGGCACCUUGAACUGGGACCAGUUUUUUCUCUUAAAUGAGGUUUUUUUUCUCCUAAAUGAGGUUUUUGUUUUCUCUUAAAUGAGGUGUUUUUUCUCUUAAAUGAGGUUUUUGGGGUUUUUUUCUCUUAAAUGAGGUUUUUUGUCGCUUGAAUGCGGAGUUUUUGCUUAGAUGCAGAAAAGUCCUUGUGCUUGGAAAGUGAUUUGUGUGCUUGCAUACACCUGUUCUGAGCUGGCAAGGCAGAUCGGGGAGCGAUUGCUGACUGGGUCGUUUGGAAGGUCCUCGGUGCCCCCCCACUGCUGACAGAAAGAAGGUAAGCAGCGAUUGCAGAAGGAAAAAAAAAAGACUUUAGAAAAAAACGAUGGGAAGAGAUUACCCUGCUGUUGUUCAGCGUGUAGCCAUCGGUGCCUCCCAGAGGGGCAAACAGAUAAGAGCUAAUAUGGGACAGUUAACCCUAUGGGUUCAGAAAAAACAAAGGUUGAAUCGGCCGUUGCUUUGCUUUAGUGAAGCAGGAUGGAAGGAAAAAGGAAAAUUAAUAUGGGACGCUGUGGUUUUACAAGGAAAAAGAGCAAAGAAUCGUUCAGAAUUAGGUGUAAUUUGGAAAAAAGCGAUAAAUACCUUGCAAACAUUCACUGCGAACUGUAAAACUGCAAUUUUAGCCACAGAAAAGGCAUCUCCCUGUCUUUCUGGUUCAAAAACGUCCCUCUCCGAGCCAAAAGAGAUGAAAAAGCUGUCUAAAAUAAUGAGGUUUUUUGGUCUGCAUUCCAUGCAUUCCGCGCAUUCCGAGAGUGAGGACGUAGCUCCCUUUUGUUCAUCGCAUGCAAUCCAAGGGCAGGAAAUGCCUUCUCCAGCUCCCAAGCAGAAUGAAAGCAACCAGGAAGUGUCUCAGCCGCCAGACCCCAGGGGCGGUGCGAAAGAUGAGAAGGCAGGCAGGGCCGAAGGCGGAGCAGGGAGGGCACAAGUGAUGCAGCAAGGAGGCGGAUCUCAGGGCGGUGCUCGAAGCAGGGUGGUGUUAGAUUCCUCCUCACAGGAAAAGGAGCUGACGUCAUCACACACAAAA